GUAAUCGAAAAAGGUUGGGAACCACUGCUAUACGUUGUUCAUCUAACGAAAGUUAAACUCCGUGGGUCCAUCAAGUUCCAUUGUGUAAAAUAAAUCGUGCAAUCAUUACAUUGGCGCCCCCACGUGGAUCACAUCGCUGGAUAUUUUUGGCGCUUUCUAUUAAUUCGAUAUUUUCAAUUGUAGGCAUCUACUUAUUGUGUAUGUGAAUAAAUACUUUACAUUUGUCCCGUAAUUUAGUUUUUUUUGUUUAGAAACAAAAAUUCCGUCAGGCACUUUCGCUGGUACCUCAUGUUAGCGCGCGCGUUCGCAAGACAAAUUAGAAUUACGGAAACGACUGAAGUGAAGCAAAACUCAGUGUACUGUUUACAUUCGGCAAAACACGAAAAGACGUGUCACCAUGCUUCAGGACGUUAUGGACACGGGAGAGUCGAUGGUCAAAAUACUGAAAAGCAGCAAAGCUGACGAUGAAUUAAGAAAAGUGAGAGAAAAACAGCAGUCUUUCUUUGAGCGACACAUGGACACGAUGAAAACCAUCACACUGGUGUUAAACGGUGUAGUUCAGUGUGAGGAUGAGGCGAGCCAGAAGCUGCUGGCCAUGGAGGGCCAGAAGAGCCAGGCAGAGUGGGAACUGGACAGCCUGGAGCAGGAGCUGCAGCAGUAUACAGCAAGGAGCCAGAACAUGGACUCAGAACUACAGUUCCUGCAGAGGAAGCUGGAGAGUCUGCGUGACUCGGAGCAGGAGCUGCAGACCUUGCAGCAGGAGGUUGAUGAUGACACUACGGAGGUCAUCCCAUCAGCCAUAUACGUGGCCCAGUUAUACCACAAGGUGACCAAGAUCAAGUGGGAGUAUGACACGGAGCCACACAUUCUGAGAGGAGUGCACUAUGGAGCUGACCUGGCCACACCAAUCAACAUAGACACCUCUGUGCGGUCUCGGUGUUCAGUCAGUGAUGAGCUGUGGAACUUUGUCAACACUGAAUGGUAGAAGAGAUGAAAGGAAAGUUGCCAUAUUUGUCCAGUAGUUGUUUGUCCUGUAGUUGGAUUGUCUGUGUGUUGUAAUACAUUUGUUUUAUACUAAGAUUGUAUUCCUAUUGUUGGUAUUGACUUCCAUGACAUUUUGUUAUAUUGAAUAAAGUAGUUUUCCUAAACAUCA